AUGUCUCCGAACAAUCAUCCGUCUAAUGAACCAAGCAUAUUGAUCGAAAACACUGAUCACAACGGUGACAGACAACCGGAUGAGGGAAGCAAUGCAAAAGCUACCAUAACUGUGCAAGAAGUUCAGUCAACGCGCGACGACUUCGAACGUCUGUUCGGUCUGGAUGAACAUCUAUACGAACAACCAACAACAACCCGUAGAGAACUAUGGUCUUACUAUCUUUACUACAACGGGGACAAUGGAGUUGGCCCGGGUUCUUAUAGUCAAGCACUCUUUCAAUGGGCCUUGAACGGGUCUGGUUGGCAACCGGGCACCAAUCCGCGCCAGCCAUGCACAGAUUCCUCUCCCUGCGUUGUCUCGUGGGCUGGAGGCACGCGGUCCGUCUCUUCCGUGGUCUUGAUUGCUAAUGGAUUGUGUUUUACCUUCAUGACGGUGAUAUUUGUCUGGCUCGGCAGUGCCGCCGACUACGGAUCGUUUGGUCGUUGGCUUCUACUGGCAUUGACAGUAAUAUGCUGGGCGCUACAGUAUGGUAUGAUGGCGAUCAGGCAUCCUAGUCAAUGGCCUGCCGCUAUGGCGAUGUAUGUAGUUGCAUAUAUCGCCUACGGGGCUACUCUGGUUUUCUAUGCGGCUGUGUUUCCCAGACUUGCUCGAUACAUGCCGCAUGUCCGCAAAGCUCGCGAGGAGGAUCUGAAGGAGGGCAAAAUCAGUCGGCAAGAGUAUGAUGCAAUUGAAUCCUUGGAAAGGAACCACAUCAGCAAUAUAUCGACUGCACACAGCAAUAUUGGAUAUUUGCUCACUCUCGUACUGAACUUGAGUGUUUUGCUUCCACUUCAGAACAAUAGUUACUCGAACAACCUCGCCCUCUGCUUGACAAACUCAUACUGGGUCGUUUUGGGAGUAUGGUGGUUCAUCUUUCAGCAAAAACGGCCAGGCCCUAAGGUCCCAAAGGGUUCGAACUAUGCAACGAUUGGCUUCAAACAAAUCUGGCUUGCGCUCAGGGAGGUCCGGUCUUUGCCACAGACAUUCCUCUAUUUCGUCGCUUACUUUCUGCUUGCCGAUGGGCUAAAUACAACCGGAACCUUGGUUUCCAUCAUUCAAAACGACUACGUAUCCUUUUCAUUUCUACAGUUAACGUAUCUAGGCAUCACACAGGCUGUAUGCUCAAUCGCCUCCACUUUCGGAUUCUGGUACAUCCAAAAGUACUUCAAAUUUCGGACGAAGAGCAUGUUCCUCGUCACAACCCUCUUCAGCGUCCUAAUUCCAUUCUGGGGAAUGCUAGGACUCUGGACACAACGGAUCGGCUACCAUAACCGAGUGAGUGUUCCGUCCUCCGUCACAUCCAGCUUCCAAACUCAUAGUCGUCCGCAGUGGGAAUUCUACUUCUACAAUGUCAUUUUCGGCCUGUUCCAAGCCCCCUACUACGCUUACGCGCAAACAAUGAUAAGCGAGCUCAUGCCCCAGGGCUACGAUAACAUGUUCUUCGCGCUCUUCGGCAUCACAAAUCGAGCUUCCUCCAUCAUCGGGCCCAAUGUGAUCCAGGCCAUCAUCAACGAUACGCAGAAUAACUGGAUGGGGUUUCCGUUCCUGUUUGCUGUAUGUGCUGCGGCGAUGAUGGCGAUUGCCUUUGUGGACGUGGAGAAAGGGCGCGAGGAUGCGAGGAAGUUCGUGGAGGCGCGGAAGCUUGCGCGGGUGUCUGCCGAAACCUGCCUGAGCAGAGAUGAUGUCUUGAAGGGCCCGGGUAAUAUUAUGACGGGCGCAGAGGGAAGUGGAUCGUCGCGGGAGGGAUAA